GAAAAAAAUGUCUAAAUAAAUAGGGAAGCCUGUUCUACAUGGUUUGUUCAUUUGUCGACCACAAAGGUCUAAAUUGCCAAAAAAUCUAGGCAUAAGAAAGAAGUAGUCAUAAAGGAUAACUAGUCAAAAGCAAUUAAUGCAUAUUAAAGAAGUCACCAAUUUGAAUAGUAAUCUGCAAACAAUACUCAAUUCUAGUGGGCUAGUUAAUUAAGAUUUGAGAAUAUAUGAAUAUCUCAAACUCAAUUCUAUUCAACAAAUAAUUGUACAAGUGUUCAAUAAGGUUCUUUGCUACUCUGCUGCUAUGUUCGUUUGCUGUUCUGUUGUUUUGUUUGGGCUGCUGAUAUGCUGAUAUGCUGUUUUGUUUGGGCUGUUGUGAUGUUUUGUUUGGGCUACUAUUGCUGUGCCGUUUUGUUUUGGUAUGGAUGUUGAAAAAAUUGCCAGUUUGUUUUAUUUUUAUUUUUUUAUUUUUGAUAUGUAGAGGUUCAGUUUGUCUUAAACAAAGUUGGAUUUUGGGAUUUUGGGAUUUUGGAUUUGAUUGGAGAAGAAAUAUUAGUGUUAUUGUUUUCCUGAGACUUGAACUGAGCAUUACUGUCAGCAACAUGCUCUAAUUAUGCUCAAUAAAAAGAAUGGGGGUGGUGUUUCCUUUCAGUUUAUGAAGUAACUCAGAGGUUCAAGAGCUUCACAAGCCUUCUACAAAAGAAGGGUCGACGUCUAUCAAAGAUGAUGCAAUUGUUCAAGCAUUUGGUCUAGAACGGCGUGGUAGUGUAAGAGGGCUUGGAUUUGGAGCAUUGCAAUCAAAAGUUUAUGCACAAGCAUACCAAAAUCAAAAUAUGAGACUACUAAAUCAAAAAUUGCUGCUCUUAGAACAUGAACUUUGGGAGAUGAAAGCUAAAAUGUUAAAAGGAAAAAGGUCGAAUAAGGAACCAAGCGAAGAUGCAACGGGCAAGAAAAAUUCUCAUGGAGAAACCCAGCAAAAGACUCAGCAGCUUUGCUGAGAGAAGAUCUCCACCUUCGUAAAGGAUCUCCACCUUCGUGAAGAUCUCCAUCUCGGUGUGCCGAUUUCAACCUUCAUUCGCCGGAAAAUUCACCGUCGGCACUGAAAAACUCUCAUUACCGGCAUGGAUAGUGUUGCUACCAGUCAUUCUCGAAAGAAAAGUAAGGGGAAGGCAGAUGCUGGUUCAAUUGGGAGUCGUAGGAUUUGGACGAAGAGGGAGGAGUUGUUUCUCAUAAGUGCAAUGAGAGAUUUGUGUAAUAAUCCUAAAUGGAAGGUUGACAAUGGGCAAUUUAAGUCAGGGUUUUAUGGCGAACUUGAGAAGAGAAUUGUCAUGGCUUUUCCUGGAAGUGACCUUCGUGCUUGUCCUCACAUUGAGUCAAAGAUAAAAAUUUGGAGGAAACACUAUGGCCUUUUGUAUGAAAUGACUAAGCUUAGCGGGUUUGGAUGGAAUGACACUGAGAAGAUGGUUCUUGUUGACAGUGAUGAGGUUUGGGAAAACUUUGUUCGGAGACAACCAAGUGCGAGUUCUAUGCAAAACAAGUCAUUUCCAUAUUAUGAAGAUUGGCUUGUUCUCUUUGGCAAAGACAGAGCCACUGGUGAGUUAGCGGAAGAUCCUGCAGAUGCAGUUGAAGCAAUUGCUGUGGAGGAAGCCAUGGGAGAGAAGGGUGAUGGUUCUCCAGCUAAGCAAUUCAAUGUUGCUGACUUCGAGUGUUCAAUGUCUACAAAUGGAAAUGCAUCCAACUCUUCUACCUUUAGCAAGGGAGGAACAAAAAGAGCGAGGACUACUGAAGGAAUCGCAAGCAAUAUUGCUACAAUGACAGAGACACUUGGCUCUUUUUUGGACAAAACGGACACUAGAUUGGGUGAGAUUGUUAAAAGGAUUGGAUAUCAACAUGACUUAUCCCAAGCUAGGAGGAGUGUCAAUGCUGAACUUCUGAAGCUCCCCCUUACAUCAACUCAAAGGUUGACAGCAGGUUCUCUCAUUGUCAAAGAUGCUCAGCGAGUUGACUUCUUUUUCAGUCUCUCCGAUGCCGACAAAUUAGAGUGGGUAUGUCUUUUGUUGGGAGGGCACAUAUGAGUACACAUGUUGGGGAUCGUGGUUUAUUCGACACAAUAGAAUAUAUAAUAGUAUUUGAUAAUGUGGGAAUUUAGUUGUGUAGAAGAUAUUGGAGAUGCUAUAUUUCUAGCUUACACACAUCACUGUUCUACAAACUAUUGUGAACAUUGCUUUUCUUAGUUGAAUAUUGAACUUGAGUUGAUUGGUGGAUCAAAAAAACAAAAAACAUAAUCUGUUAUGUAUGGUCUUGAUGGGUGAAUCAAACAUAAUCUGUGU